CACUGUAACUCGGAUGUGCUGGUUGGAAGCUGACGUCCUAGGUUUGUGUCCAGGUCCCCGGGCAUCAUUCCCUCAACAAAGCGUGUGCACACUAACUGGUCUCUGCUGGCUAGGUCUCCGUGACAGUCAAGUCCAGCUACCAGUAGCUGGAGGGCGUGGAGAUAAUCCAGGAAACUUUCUCCUAGUAGUUGUCGACGGGAGAAUAGUUUGAGCAGGGUAUGUUGCGAGCUCUGCCACAAUACUCCCAGGUUUUCUAUUGGAUCGGG